CACAGAUAGAUCACUACUAGAGCUCAUUCAGUAACUAAAAUCUUCUACGAACAGCUUCCUCAUCUUAAUUUUCUUAUCUAGCUAGUUCUUUUUUCAUCGAAAAGAAUGGCACUCGUUUCUCAGUUUUCUGAUGAUGAAAUCUAUGAACCCUUCCUUUCAAUGAUCAACAAAUGUCCAGUACUCAACACCCCAACAGACUGGAACGAGACCCCAGAUGCUCAUGUGUUCAUAGCUGAUCUUCCUGGGCUCAAGAAGGAAGAAGUGAAAGUUGAAGUUGAUGAUGGAAGGUUCUUGAGGAGGUUCAGGCUACCGGAAAAUGCCAAGACUGAUGAAAUUAAGGCACCUAUGGAGAAUGGAGUGCUUAAGGUGACCAUCCCAAAACAGGAAGUGAGGAAACCAGAGAAGAAGGUGAUCCAGAUUGAAGGAAAUUAAAGGGUUGAGAUGAGAAUGAAGGAAAUUACUAGAAUAAAGAGAUGUUUCUCUGAUUGUUCAGUGUGGCUCUGUAAUGUGUGAAAUGUGUGUUUUGACUUGCAUGUAAUGCAUACCCUGUAACUUUUUAGUGCUAAAUGCAAAUAUGUGAAGAAUCAUAAAUAAAGCUCAAUGAUUUCU